GACUACGGCACCGCUCAGGCCCCGCGGGCUGCAGCUGACGGGCCGCAGCUGACGGGCCGCACCGGCGCUCUGUGCACGGGAGGGGGCUGAGGGGAGCAGCUGGGUAUUGAAACAGAAGAGGAAAAGGAUUUGGAAACUGCAUUCUAGAGACGUUUGGGCAGUUUCUGUUACACGGAGCAAUGCUGAAAUUUCAAGAAACUGGUAAGCACAUCAGCGUUUCCAGAUCUAAUUCUGCUUGCUCAGAUGCUGCUAUCGCAAGGAGAUACACUAUUCAGAGGAAGCUUGGCAACGGAAGCUUUGGAAGCGUGUAUCUGGUUUCUGACAAGAAAGCAAAACAAGGAGAUGAAUUAAAGGUUCUGAAGAAAAUCUCCAUUGGAGACCUAAGGCCUAAUGAAACAGUUGAAGCAAAUCUGGAAGCACAGCUACUCUCCAAAUUAGACCAUCCAGCCAUUGUCAAAUUUUAUGCGAGCUUUGUGGAGCGAGAUAGUUUCUGCAUUAUCACUGAGUACUGUGAGGGUGGAGAUCUAGACUAUAAAAUUCAAGAGUACAAGGAAUCUGGGAAAGUAUUCACGCAAAGACAAAUAAUAGAGUGGUUUAUACAAUUGUUACUUGGAGUCAACUAUAUGCAUGAAAGGCGAAUACUUCACAGAGAUUUGAAAACCAAGAACAUAUUUUUGAAGAAUAAUCUUCUGAAAAUUGGGGACUUUGGAGUUUCUUGUCUUUUGAUGGGUUCGUGUGAUCUGGCAACAACAUUUACUGGGACGCCAUACUACAUGAGUCCAGAGGCACUGAAACACCAAGGAUAUAACACAAAAUCUGAUAUUUGGUCUCUGGGAUGCAUUUUAUACGAGAUGUGCUGCAUGCAACAUGCAUUUUCUGGACGCAGUUUUUUGUCUGUUGUGCUAAAAAUUGUAGAAGGUGAUACACCUUCUCUUCCUGAUAGAUAUCCAAGCAAUCUGAAUGCUGUGCUGAGCAGCAUGUUAAAUAAGAAUCCUUCGCUGAGGCCAGCAGCAGGAGAGAUCCUAAAAAUCCCUUAUAUUGAUGAGCAACUAAAGAAUUUACAGCACAAUUUCACAUGUAUGACUGCAAAAGACAAGGGGAUUAACUGGCAGGAAGAAGCUGCUCCCAUUUUUGAUGCUGUGCAGAGGAAAGUUCAUUUGCAAACUCUACAGCAACUGUCUGAAGUACAGAAAAUGACACCACGGGAACGAAUGAGGCUGAGGAAGUUGAAUGCUGCAGAUGAAAAAGCCAAGAAGUUAAAACAGCUGGCAGAAGAAAAAUAUCAAGAGAAUAUAAAAAGAAUGCAAGAAUUCAGGUCCCGUAACUUUCAGAAGCUGAAUGUCAAUGUCCUGCAUGAAUCCGAUGACCAGAUUGCAAAAUCCGUAACUGAUUCUCAGCUGGUCAUGACAUGUGACUCCACGUCCAUAAGAUGUGAUGAACCAAAUGGAAAUGAAAGAUUGAAUCAAUUUGCGGACCAUGAGAUCCCUGAAGACCCACAAAUUGCAGAAGAAUAUUAUAAUGAAGAGUUUGAAUCCUGUUCAGAAGACAGUGAAACGGAGGAGGAUGUGGAAGUGACACAUACUGUAUCUAAGGCAGAUCACCAGGACAGUGAUACUGAAGCCAUGGUCAAGCAUUUGGAGAGCGUCCUAAAUAAUAGCUCAUUGGGUUCGGCAACUGUCACCAGCAUGGCUCCAGUGGUGCCCCAGGGAUUCAGAGCUCUCAACAGCACUAUGGCUGAGACCAAGCUGAAUCGCAUGAGGGAAUCUGCCAUCCAGAAGCUGGGAGGAGAGGUAUUUGAGAAGGUGUACACCUACCUGAAGCAGGCGAGGCAGCAGAAGGCCAGUGAGGAGGAGAUAACGAGACACCUGGAGAAACUGGUUACUAGAGCAAGUGAUUGCUUUGAGGUGGAUCAGCUCCUCUAUUUUGAGGAGCAGCUGCAAGAUUCAGAACCAUGUCUUCAGCUGUAAAAUGUGUUGGCAACAGCACAGGAAAUCAUGAACAAGACCGACAGUGCUGAGCUGCCAGCUUCAGGCCAGCCAGCAAAGCCUGGAGGAGUCUGGAGGAAACUGCUGAGGGUAACUCAGAACAUAAGCAGGUGGGCAGGCUCUUGGAGAGUCCAGUCUGUGCAGUGAGCAGUAGGUAAGUACAGUAUAGUAUAGCAAAGGAAGCAAAAGUUAUAGAGUAGACCAUUGUUAGCAUUCAUUGCCUAAAUAACUUCAUUUAAUCUGUGUGUCUUUCAAAGGAACUGUGAAAAUUAGAUCAUAGAAUCAGGGAAUGGCUUGGGUUGGAAAGGACCUUUAAGGUCAUCAAGCUCCCACCCUUGCCACAUGUAUAUUCAUCCAUGCUUACUCACUUACAUAGAAGUAGGUGUGUAUAUGCAUAGAGACAGGAAAACAUUUGGCCACACUGAUGUACAUGUUUAAGUUUACAGAGACAGAGAGAUGAGGCUAAAUCUGUAGCUGACUAUAGAAGCUAGGAAUUCUUAUUACACAUUCUCCAAGUUUUAGAUCACUGUACACAGAACAAUAAAUCAAUUUUCUUUUGCUUGCACACAAA